GUCUGUCCGUCCGUCCGACCGACCGUCUGUCUGUCUGUCUUUGGGGCUCCGCUGUGGCUCGGCAAGGACCGGGAUGAACACGACGCUGCUCAGCCGCCUCCUCCCCGGCCUCACCAUCAAGAUACAGCGCAGUAACGGUUUAAUCCACAACGCCAAUGUGAUGACGGUGAACUUGGAAACCUCUUCCGUGUCCGUCGAAUGGGCCGAAGGCGGAGGCACGAAAGGGAAAGAGAUCGACUUUAAUGAUGUGGCGGCAAUAAAUCCAGAGCUCUUACAGCUCCCUCCCAUUCCCACGCAUUUGAAAGGCAACUUGCCCCUCCAGGAGAACGUCACUGUGCAGAAGCAGAAACGCCGGUCGACUUUCUCCAAAAUUCCUGCUCCGAAAGAAGCUCUGCGCAGCCGCUCCACGCGCCUGACCGCCAUCUCCGAGACGCCGGUGACCGCCCAAGAGAACGACGUGGAAAUGGAUCCCGCUGGUCCGAGCAAUCCCAAAAAUCCGUUUAUCGCCGGACCGCCGCAGCCCUCCCGCUCCGGAACGGCGGAGAACGCCCUGGGCGCCGUCCCCGAGGCGGCGGAAGAGCACGCCAUGCCUUCGGUCCGGGGCAGCUCCUCCAUGGUUUCCGUCAACACAGUUAGAAGGAAGUCCUGUAUUGUGAAGGAAAUGGAAAAAAUGAAGAGCAAACGAGAAGAGAAGAGGGCCCAGAACUCCGAGAUGAGGAUCAAGCGGGCCCAGGAAUACGACACCAGCGUUCCAAACUGGGAGUUUGGCCGAAUGAUAAAGGAGUUUCGAUCCACUCUGGAUUGUCAGCAGCUCACCCUGACCGACCCCGUAGAAGAGCACAGGAUCUGUGUCUGCGUGAGGAAACGUCCCCUGAACAAGCAAGAGCUGGCCAAGAAGGAACUGGACGUGAUCUCCAUCCCCAGCAAGUGCGUCCUCCUGGUUCACGAGCCCAAGCUCAAAGUGGACCUGACCAAGUAUCUGGAGAACCAGGCCUUCCGGUUCGACUUCGCCUUCGACGACUUGGCCUCGAACGAGGUGGUCUACAGGUUCACGGCCAGGCCGCUGGUACACACCAUCUUUGAAGGAGGCAAGGCGACUUGCUUCGCGUACGGUCAGACGGGAAGCGGCAAAACCCACACUAUGGGCGGAGACUUUUCCGGAAAAAAUCAGAAUGCAUCUAAGGGAAUCUAUGCGUUUGCAUCCCGGGACGUCUUCCUCCUGAGGAGCCAGCCGCGGUACAGGGGCUUGGGACUGGAUGUCUACGUGACCUUCUUUGAGAUCUACAAUGGGAAGCUGUUUGACCUGUUGAACAAGAAGGCCAAACUCCGGGUCCUGGAGGACGGCAAACAGCAAGUCCAGGUGGUGGGGCUGCAGGAGCACCUGGUGAACUCGGCAGACGAUGUCAUCAGGAUGAUUGAGGCGGGCAGCGCCUGCAGAACGUCGGGGCAAACCUUCGCCAACUCCAGCUCUUCCCGCUCGCACGCCUGCUUCCAGAUCCUGCUCCGGGCCAAGGGGAGGCUGCACGGCAAGUUCUCCCUGGUUGAUCUGGCCGGGAACGAGCGAGGGGCUGACACGUCCAGUGCCAACCGCCAGACCCGCAUGGAAGGCGCCGAGAUCAACAAGAGCCUGUUGGCCCUAAAGGAAUGCAUCCGGGCUCUGGGCCAGAACAAGUCCCACACCCCAUUUCGGGAGAGCAAGCUGACCCAGGUGCUGCGUGACUCCUUCAUCGGCGAGAACUCCCGGACCUGCAUGAUUGCCAUGAUCUCUCCCGGCAUGAGCUCCUGCGAAUACACCCUCAACACCCUGAGAUACGCGGACAGAGUCAAAGAGCUGAGCCCCCACAACGGCGGGAGCAGCGAGCUGCAGAACCCCAUGGAGCUGGAAGGGGAGGAAGCCAAACCCACCCCCGAAGAGUCCCCGCUUCAGCAUAACCUCUCCAAGGAAGAGGAGGAACUGUCUUGUCAGCUGUCCAGCUUCCACGACGCCAUGACCCAGAUCGGAGAGCUGGAAGAGAAGGCCGUGGAGGAGCUCAAAGAGAUUGUCCAGCGCGGGCCCACCUGGAUCGAACUGUCGGCCAUGACGGAGCAGCCCGACUACGAUCUGGAAACCUUUGUGAGCAAAGCCGAGCUCGCCCUGGCCGAGCAAGCGAGGAACUUCUCCGUCCUGCGAGAUGUCAUCGGGUCCUUGCGGCUGGCCAUGCACUUGGAGGAACAGGCCAGCAAGCAAAUGAGCAAUCAGAAGAGACCUCACUAACGAACCCCAAUAAAAGAUCUCAUUGACGAUUAAACACUUUCCUCCUCCCAAAAGGCUUCCGAACUUCCUUUGCUCACGAGGGCUCGUUCCGGCCUCAGCGCCCUCCCUCAUUUUGUACCCCGGAGGAGGCCGGCCUGCUCACCGUCGAGGCGCAGGUGUCCGCGCCCGGGUGGCGUCUGCCGUAUCCCUUUCUACCGCCCCGAGGGCCGAAGGUAGAAGGUAAAUUUUGGCUCAGCCCAGAUCGGGUUGCAAAAUGGGGUGGGCCGCUCCUCUCUCCAGCUGUCAAAUUUCUACAGUUGUGAUUUGUACCAAGCUUUGUGCUCCGUGUGUGUGUCUACGUGUGUGUGUGUGUGUGUGGAGUACUUUCUGAACUUGUUUUCCAGCCUCUAAUGGAGCGGGUGGCCAAACGCUUCAUUUUUACUCGAAAAAAGAAAUAAUAAAAUCCUGAAAACCCUUUCCUCUCCCCUUAACCCCUUGUUUCAAAGAAAUGUGAGGCUCCGUAAAAGCGGAUGCAACGUCUGUAUUUAAACAUUAAAUAUUUCCUAAUAAAGGAAGGAAACAGA